CGCACGCACGCCCCAUUAUAAAAACCGCAGAGAAGGAAAUAAACAAGUCCCGUAUCACCCAGUUGCUUCCAUUUUUUUUAAACCCUAAAAUUCAAAACCAAAAACAAAAAUCAUCCCUGAUAAUCUCACCGGGAGUAGCACCAUGAGCCGAUACGACAGCCGCUCCGGCGACCCAACUUCUUACCGUGACAGGAGAAGUGGUUCAGGUUUCGGCGGCGCUUCCAGUUAUGGUGGUAGCUCCACUCGGCCAUCAUCCGAGAGGAGGGAGUAUGGUCGUGGUGACUCGCCUGCGAAGUCGGAUUUAGAUGGGCUGACUCCAUUUGAGAAGAAUUUCCAUGUGGAAUCCCCAUCAGUGGCAGCAAUGUCAGAAAGGGAGGUGGAGGAGUAUAGGCAACGCAGGGAGAUUACUGUAGAGGGCCGUGAUGUUCCCAAGCCUGUGAAGAGUUUUCAUGAUGUCGGCUUUCCAGAUUAUGUUCUGCAAGAAAUCUCAAAAGCUGGGUUUACUGAACCUACACCUAUACAAGCUCAAGGAUGGCCAAUGGCUUUGAAGGGCCGUGAUCUCAUUGGUAUUGCUGAAACAGGAUCUGGGAAGACACUGGCUUACCUAUUGCCUGCAAUUAUCCAUGUUAAUGCCCAACCAUUUUUAGCUCCUGGAGAUGGACCUAUUGUAUUAGUUUUAGCUCCAACACGUGAACUUGCUGUUCAGAUACAACAAGAAGCAGCUAAAUUUGGUGCAUCAUCAAGGAUUAAAAAUACAUGCAUAUAUGGUGGGGUUCCAAAGGGACCUCAAGUGCGUGACCUCCAGAAAGGUGUUGAAAUUGUCAUUGCUACACCUGGAAGGUUGAUUGAUAUGAUGGAGUCACAUCAUACAAAUUUGCGAAGGGUUACUUAUCUGGUUCUGGAUGAAGCAGAUCGGAUGUUAGACAUGGGGUUUGAGCCUCAGAUACGAAAAAUUGUUUCUCAGAUUCGACCAGAUCGUCAAACUUUGUACUGGAGUGCAACCUGGCCUAAAGAGGUUGAACAACUGGCACGGCAGUCUCUUUACAAUCCAUACAAAGUGAUAAUAGGAUCUCCAGAUUUAAAAGCUAAUCAUGCAAUACGUCAACAUGUGGACAUUGUUUCGGAGAAUCAGAAAUAUAACAAAUUGGUGAAGUUGCUGGAAGAUAUCAUGGAUGGUAGUCGUAUUCUGAUUUUUAUGGAUACCAAGAAAGGUUGUGAUCAGAUCACUCGACAACUUCGCAUGGAUGGUUGGCCUGCUCUCUCAAUUCAUGGAGAUAAAAGUCAAGCAGAAAGAGACUGGGUCCUGUCUGAGUUCAAAGCUGGCAAGAGUCCUAUAAUGACUGCAACAGAUGUUGCUGCUCGUGGAUUAGAUGUGAAGGAUGUUAAAUAUGUGAUCAAUUAUGACUUCCCUGGGUCCAUAGAGGAUUAUGUUCACCGCAUUGGCCGGACAGGAAGGGCAGGAGCAAAAGGAACAGCUUACACUUUCUUCACAGCUGGGAAUGCCAGAUUUGCUAAAGAACUUGUCACCAUACUCGAGGAAGCUGGACAGAAGGUCAGUCCAGAAUUGACAGCAAUGGCUCGUGGUGCACCUCCUCUACUAUCUGGCCAUGGGGGUUUCCGAGAUCGGGGGAGGGGUUACAGUGGUGGCCGGUCUUGGAGCUAAUGAAUGAAGGUGGGCAAUGAGCUCGGUGACCAAUAGUGUUAUCAAAAGAGUUGUAUGGUAGAGAAAUAGAGGCAAGGAUUCUUUUUUCGGAUUUGGAUUGCUUAUUUUUACUUGAAUGGUCUAGCUGCCUAUAUAUACGAGGGCAGUUGGCUAUGUAAGAUAACUGUUAAAUUAUGCCCAAAGGAUCUUGCAUCUGUGCUAUAGAGUUGAAAGUUCAGUAGCUCGCUCAUUAACAAUUGAGUUGCAAGUUAUGAUACCACUGUAUCAAUAUUAUUCUCUUUUUUCCUCUGUUUUCCGGAAUAAAUUUGUAAGUUUAAUCCAA